UUUCACUUUCACCUUUGCGUCGACACAGGGUAAGUUGUGGCGUCUUACAGAACUGGAACGAAUCAAGGUUUUUUACCUGAUAACUCUGCGCUCACCAAGACUCGUUUACGAUAUAUGCACGUGCACUAUCCUCCGUCACUCGGUGUGACCGAUUAAAAGGGAGUUUUUUGUUUUAGUCUUCGUCGAAAGAGGUACUUCCUUAAAGGGGUUUUUUUGUCGUGCGUCAUCAGCUUCUUUUUACUUUGUACUCUCUCGCCCUUAUCGCAGCUGCGUCCUUUUCGCUUUGCCCCACUGUAAGCGCCGGACCUACUCCUUCCUCCUCCACCCGAGUCCAUGGCUCUCACAGACCAACGCGGGCUCCAGGCCAUUAAUCAGAUAGCGGAGGCCCUGGACAGCAGCGAGCGCAGGAGAGUCUUCUACCUGUGUGAAAGCGAGGACACGGAUUACAGCCUGGCUUGUGUGAAGGAGAUGCUGAAAUCCAAAGUCAUGUGCCUGGAAGGAGGCGACAUGUUCCUUGCGGAGCUCUUGUCGCAGCUGAGACGAUUUGACAUCCUGAGGAGGGUGUGUAGCCUCAGUAGGGACGAGGUGGAGAGGAUUCCCAAAUGUCAACAGGUUCUGUCAAGAUUCAGAGUAUUGAUGGCUCAUAUAAGUGAGGAUUUGGCCAGUGAAGAUCUGAACAAUGUGAAGUUCUUGAUGGGCAGCACGUUGCCUCGUGAGACCAUGGAAAAUGCAAAGAAUUUCCUGGAUGUGAUCAGUGAACUUGAGAGGCUGGAUCUAGUUUCUCCUGAAAGAGUCGACAUUGUGGAGCAGUGUUUGAAAAACAUCGGCAGGGUUGACCUCGCCAAAAAAGUUACUAAGUACAAGAUGUCAGCAGUUGGAGCACCUGAAGAGCAGUCAUCUCAACAGGAAUGGUGCAGAGCUCCUUGUACACCCCUCACUCCUCAGCGUUCCCAUUCUCUGCAGCAAACAAUAGGAGGACAGUCCCUCAAAGCUGAAAACAUACCAGCACCCGAACACAUGGAGCGGAGCACCCAGAUUCUACUGGAUCGCUACAAAUUCAACACUACUCCCAGAGGAGUGUGUGUUAUCAUAGACUGCGUGGGUAAUGAUGGAGACAUGUUGGAACAAACAUUUAAGGCUCUUCACUUCAACGUGGUGCUCCACAAGUACCUGAGUGUGGAUGACACUUACUCAACCCUCAGAGACAUAUCCCGAGACAGAGAGAACCUCAAAGGUGAUGCCUUUGUCUGUUGCAUCAUCAGCCGUGGUAGGGGAACUCAUCUCCUGGGUGUGGACACGCACAGUAACGGCCUACAACUGAACACUGUCAGACGUCUUUUCACGGCUGAUGCGUGCCCCAUGAUGGCGGGAAAGCCCAAACUGUUCUUCACCCAGACGUACAACGGACCCGAGUUCCAGGCCCGCGAUGCGAUGCACUAUCAGGAUGAGGAUCUUGAGACAGACGGCUGUCAUGGGCUGCCCAGAUAUGAUAUUAUCCCCACAGAUGCCGACGUGUUCUGGAGCCAUUCCUGGACUAACGAACGUCAACUGGAGCAAGGACAUCAUCGCUCCAUGUACCUGAAGGCUCUGACAGAUUCCUUGCUCAAAGGCCGAAAGAGGAAGCUUGUUGAUAUUCACACCGAGGUGAAUGGGGCAAUCUUUGAUCACAACAAAAGGAAUCCUGCAGCAAACUACCACAUCGAUCUGAAACAUACUCUCCGGAAAGAUCUUUACUUGCAAUAGAGGAUGUUGUACAAUCAUGUUCAACACCCCAUAAUAAGAUGUGGAUAGAUGGACUUAAAGAGAUCGUUAAUGUUAAUAUAUACAUAUUUUUUAUUAUUAUGUGAGACAGUUAUGGACAGGGUCACAAUGAAGUGCUUAACGAGACGGUGGUGCAUGGUGAGGAAAUUUCUGUUUUUUUUACCGUGUAUACAGAGACACCUACUGGUUGUAUAAACUCAAAACAACAAUUUUUUGUAAACGUCACAGAAGGACUUUUUUGUAAAAGUAUGUCUUGCGUUUAUUUGUUAAAUAUUAGAAAAUUCUCACC